AUGUCUAUCCAGCAGUAUCAGGCGAUCAAGCAGGGCGGGCCCUUCAAACUCGUCACGGCCACGGCCCCCAAACCCGGCCCUCACGAGGUCACCAUUCGACCUAAGGCCCUGUCGCUCAACGCUAUCGACUGGAAGAAUUUCCGGUUCGGCGCUACUGUCCCAGGAUGGCCUACCGUUCUCGGCAUUGAGGGCUCUGGCGUAGUAGAGUCAGUCGGAGACGGCGUCACGUCCUUCAAGCCCGGUGACGAGGUCAUGAACUGGAUCCAGAGAACUCAGUACAAUGGCACAUUCCAGGAGGUCUACACCGCCCGGGACGUCGUCGUCGCUAAGAAGCCGGCAAACCUGAGCUUCGAAGAGGCCGCCUCCCUCCCGAUUGCUUUUCUCACCGCGGCCGCUGGUGUUGCUGUCGGGCUGAAGGUGCCCCUGCCCGGCCUCCCUGGCACCGAGGCCAUCAACCCCGCGCCGAAGUCGAUCCUGGUUAUCGGCGGUAGCUCGGGCGUAGGUUCAGGCGCCAUCCAGCUCUUGCGACUAGCGCUGCCGUCUGCCACCAUCAUCACGACCAGCUCGGUCGCUCACCACGCCCACCUCAAGUCCCUGGGCGCCAACACCUGCCUCGAGCGAGCUGCCCAGGAAGAUUCGGCCGCAUUGAAGGCCGCAGCCCCCGGCGGCGCAGGAGUAGACGCCAUCCUCGACGCAGUGGGGGCCGCUGCCGACUCGCCGGCUAUCUAUGACGCGUUCAAGAGCGAUGGUCCGAAGCUAUACGCCUUGGUACUUACGCGUCCGGGCGUGCAGCUCCCCGACGGCCUCCAAUCAACUUUGGUCGGUGGCCAGAACAUCAUCGACAAGAACCCGGCUGCCAUGGAAUACCUCACCAAACUCCUAGCAGAGGGGAAGUACAAGCUCCCCCUCAAGGUCGAGGUGGUCGGCAAGGGCUUCGAGGCUAUCGAGAAGGGCCUAGACAGGAUCCCGCAGAACAGCGGCAAGAAACUGGUAAUUAGCCUGUAA